AUGCUUGACAAUCUUCGCAGCAAUGUCUGGGCACAGCUCAAGGCUAUCAAGCCCGCCUUUGUGUCCAAGAACCCACACUUCAACUUCAUCACCGCACACUACUUUUGGAUCGUUGGCGCUACAAUAGUUGGCUCCAUAUGCAUAUACGCUGGUGGCAAGGGCCAUUUAGCUUAUAUCGACGCUCUGCUUUUCGCCAGUGGUGCAAACACACAAGCCGGUCUGAACCCGGUUGACGUAAACCUGCUCACCACCUUCCAACAAGUCGUCAUCUACGUUCUUGUCAUGCUGUCCAAUCCAAUCACACUUCACGGGUCCGUCGUCUUUCUCCGCAUUUACUGGUUUGAGAAACGCUUUCAAGGAUGGGUGCGUGAGGUUCGCAGCCGGCGUCCCAACUUGACCAAGUCAAAAUCUCAAGCUGUCAAUGAGAUGCACAGAGCUGAGGAAGGUGUAAAUGGCCGCAACAUCACAGUGGUUCCCGCCAACGGCAAGUCACAGCGAAUUACCAAUGAUGGUAUUCUCCUUGACAACAGCAACACUGCGCCUCCCGACUUACCCCGUCGCGGUAAUGAGGACAGUGACACCACCACGACUGCGACGCAUAGCCCAUCUACAAACACGCCUGGCCACUCCCAACAUACCCAAGAUAGUGACGAUGGGUCGCCGUCAACGCACGGCACUGCCACUCCUGUUACUGAGUUGCAAGCUCGCAAGGACAGCGGGGGAGAACAUACCCAUGGUCCCACGGCCAUUACCUUUGCCGAUACUGUCAAGAGAAGCGAUGGGCUGGAAGAAAACGCCGCCGAGUUUGCCGAGAGACGUCCAAAUGCCCAGCACAUUGCCAUCCUCGAACGCCAGCGCAACGAGGACGACAACGAUGUUCUUCGCAUUCCUGGUCCCCGUGAUAUUGAGCGCGGGCAGGUUCCCACCCGUCUAGAUGAAUACGAACGCGAUGAAACUCUUGGCCCUCGAGCCUCGCGCAUAACCAGCAAUCCCGAUUCAAAACCGCCACACGCCCACGACGCACCCUAUCAGGGCCUUCGUGGCCGGCAACCAACCAUUACCAUUGCGGAACCAGAUCGCAAGCAUAGAGAGCUUGCAGACGACGCUAAAGCUUUGACUGGUACUCUUGAUGUUUUCCGCUUAAGAAAACCACGUCUUUUCAACAAGAACGGGCAGAACACAAAUCACGAAGAUGGCCAAGACCAGCCUCCUAGGCCCACGCGGACAUGGACACUAGAACGAAUUCGAUCUGCCCUUCAUCGCGAUUCUGGCAAUGCCGAAGACAUGCCUUAUCUCAGCUACACUCCAACCAUGGCCAGAAAUUCAAACUUUGUUGGCCUCACGCUUGAGCAGCGUGAAGAGUUGGGUGGUAUUGAAUACCGUUCCCUACGAACUCUUGCUUUUGUUCUGCUUGGGUUCUUCUGGGGUUUCCAACUUUUCGGCCUCGUCACGCUACUUCCCUUUAUUCUGCACAACAAUUACUACGGUAAGAUUGUCGAGGCCGGUGGAGUCUCCAGAACAUGGUGGGGUUUCUUUACAGCCAAUGUCGGCUUUAUGGAUGUUGGCUUUACUUUGACGCCCGACAGCAUGAUCUCGUUUGUCAAAUCCGAGUAUGUUUUGAUGAUUAUGUGUUUUCUAAUCAUUCUCGGCAACACUGGCUUUCCCGUCAUGCUGCGCUUCAUCAUUUGGGUGCUUACCAAGAUUGUCCCCAAGCGCUCUGGCCUUUGGGAGGAGCUCAAAUUCCUUCUCGAUCAUCCCCGUCGGUGCUUCACGCUUCUCUUCCCGUCGGGACCAAACUGGUGGCUGUUUUGGAUCCUCAUUUCUCUCAAUGCAAUUGAUUUGCUUUUUUUCCUUGUCUUGGAUUUGGGCAAGGAGCCCAUCAGCCAGCUUCCUCUGCAUAACAGAGUCGUUGUCGGACUUUUCCAGGCCGCCUCGACGAGAACUGCAGGCUUUUCAGCUGUCAACUUGGGCGAUCUUCAUCCCGCCAUGCCGGUCAUGUACAUGAUCAUGAUGUACAUCUCCGUUUUCCCCAUUGCCAUCUCCAUUCGACGAACCAACGUGUAUGAGGAACGGUCCUUGGGCGUCUACGACCACAACGAAGGCGCCGAGGAGGAGGCCUCCGCCCUGUCGUAUGUCGGUACCCAUUUGCGCCGACAGCUUUCUUUCGAUUUGUGGUUUGUCUUCCUGGGCUUCUUCAUCCUCUGUAUCUCAGAGGGUUCCAAGAUUCAAGAUGGGCGCUUCGACUUGUUUGCGGUCCUGUUCGAGGUUGUCAGUGCCUACGGUACUGUUGGGCUGAGCAUGGGUGCCGCAGGCGUCAACGCCUCUCUGUGCAGUCAAUUUUCCGUUGUUGGCAAGCUUGUCAUUGCUGCUCUGCAGAUCCGUGGUCGUCACCGUGGUCUGCCGUAUGGUCUAGAUAAGGCCGUCCUUCUUCCUAGCGAGGCUCGCUUUAAGAAGGAAGCCGAGGAAUCGGAGGCAGUCUUGGCCCGUAUGAGCACGGCGCCCACGGCGAUGUCCAGCGGAAUUCAGAGACUGCCGAGCGUCGCGCGCGGACGCACCGUGAGCAGAGGCAAGGAUACAAACAUUAUUGCAAAGUUUUUGCAUCCUGGUCCUGUGGCCCAACGCGACGCUAGUCUUGCGCACCAGCGAAGCCGCUCUAACGAUUCUCGCGCGUUGACUCUGGAGCGCAACCGCACCUACACUGAGCCUCACACUGAAGUGGACUCUCAGUUGGAGCAGCUGCCCAGUGGUAAUUCCUCGAAGCACAUGCACCCAGUGCGUUCUGAAACUGCACCGUCAAACUAUCCUACUCCUUGGAGGCCAUAG